GGUCGGGACCCUCUAGACUGGCAAGAAGCGCGGAGAUUGAAGGUCUGGUCCGGAUUGGGGCAGGAUGGGGACUGUAGAGGAUGGGGCCCCGCGCAGCCCGCCCUGCACCUCGGGAGCCGUAAGAGACUGUGGCAUCCGUUUGGAGUAGGGGUCGGGGGCGGCUGGGGGCGGGGCCUGGGCCGCCCAGGCCCCGCCCCCGAAGAGCUCGCCCCGCCCCGCCCCUCUGCGGGGUCCUGCGCGUUAAAAGGCGCGCGGGCCGGGCUGGGCUGCACUUGCGUUGCACCCGGGCGGAGUACGGCCGCGACGGGGCGGGCGGACUCGCUGGCGCCGAGAGCCGGCUUCAGGUCCUUGGCUCCUGGCGCUCCAACCCCCAUUUUGACCCCUACCCGGCCCGGGAACCCGACUCCCACCCGGCCCGACCAGGCCCCCGCCCCCGCCCCCCGGGCCGAUGGACUACUCCUACCUCAAUUCGUACGAUUCGUGCGUGGCGGCCAUGGAGGCGUCCGCCUACGGCGACUUCGGCGCCUGCAGCCAGCCCGGCGGCUUCCAAUACAGCCCCCUGCGGCCCGCCUUCCCCGCGGCCGGGCCUCCCUGCCCCGCGCUCGGCUCCUCCAACUGCGCGCUUGGCGCUCUACGCGACCACCAGCCCGCGCCCUACUCGGCAGUGCCCUACAAGUUCUUCCCGGAGCCAUCGGGCCUGCACGAGAAGCGCAAGCAGCGGCGCAUCCGCACCACGUUCACCAGCGCGCAGCUGAAGGAGCUGGAGCGCGUCUUUGCCGAGACCCACUACCCCGACAUUUACACGCGCGAAGAGCUGGCGCUCAAGAUCGACCUCACUGAGGCUCGCGUGCAGGUCUGGUUCCAGAACCGCCGGGCCAAGUUCCGAAAACAGGAGCGCGCGGCCAGCGCUAAGGGUGCGGCGGGCGCGGCGGGCGCCAAAAAGGGUGAGGCGCGCUGCUCGUCCGAGGAUGACGAUUCCAAAGAGUCCACGUGCAGCCCCACACCCGACAGCACCGCGUCGCUGCCGCCACCGCCCGCGCCCGGCCUGGCCAGCCCGCGCCUGAGCCCCAGCCCGCUGCCCGCCGCUCUGGGCUCUGGGCCUGGACCCGGGCCAGGGCCACAGCCGCUCAAGGGCCCGUUGUGGGCUGGCGUGGCGGGCGGUGGGGGCGGCGGGCCGGGCGCGGGCGCUGCGGAGCUGCUUAAGGCCUGGCAGCCAGCGGAACCCGGGCCCGGUCCCUUCUCAGGGGUUCUGUCCUCCUUUCACCGGAAGCCUGGCCCCACCCUGAAGACCAAUCUCUUCUAGCCGCCGGCCUCUGGAGGCUCCAGGCCUGUGGCCAGAGACGCCCCUGCCCCUCCAGGACCUGACAGACCCUCCCCAUCCCGGCCGCCUGCCUGAUGUCUCCCUCUGUCCAGUUUCCCCACCGAGUCUGACCCCUACAUGUGCCCUCCCCACCUUUAGAGACCAAGGCAGGGUCACUCUCGUCCUCACCCACUCCCACACAGCAGAGCGGGGUACUUUUACUUUUCACUGGGACGCCCUCCAGGAGAGCCCGAGCACCUUCUAGCUUGGCUUUCUUUGGAACCGGGAUCAAAUAACACCUGUCCCUACCACAGUGGGCAAACGUGAGGAGCCUCAAGGAGAAACAGCCCGGCUUCCUCCCCAGCUCUGCAGCUGGUUGAGUCACUCCUCACCUUGGUGACCAGCCCACUUGGGCCCCACCCCUCGGGCCCACCGGCCCUGACGCCGCCCCUGCAAAGGCUGGCCGUCAUUGGGAUAAUGAGCGGCCUGAAGAGUCCCGCUGCCAACUUGAACCUCGUCCCCUCGCAUCCCCAGCCAAAGGGUAGGCCCAAAGGGUAGGCCCGUUAGACGAGGGAGGGUCUGUCAGAGGAACGGGACAGAUUUUCCCUCUUUCCUGAUUUUUUGUUGUUCUUUGCUUUUGAAAAUCUUGUAAUUUAUUGAGGUGAGUUUUGCUCAAUCCAAAUAAAACUUAAUUUAUUGAAGACAUCACGCCAGCAACCCUCUGAGUACCCAGGAUGGGGAUAGGCUGCCUGCAAGAGCCUGGUUCCACUUGCGACCAGCGAGGAACCCAUGGCUGCCACACAGCCACAGUGCAGGAUGGUACAGACCAGGAGACAGAACUAAGCAAACUGGAUCUAUACUGCCGAGAUCCUUCCCCCGACCCCAACCGGCCC